GUGUGCAGUUUAUUACAAAAAUGGUUCAGGGAAGAUAGCAUCGGCCAAAAUGAAUAAAAAUAUGAAUUCACCGUCUAAGCUUACGGAGUUCGCUCCGUUAAGUCCCGAGGAGAGUCAGCCUGUUGUAGCUUCGUUAUUUUCGAAAUUCUUCAGCUUUACUAGGAGUUCUCAAAAUGUCGAUGAUUCUACAAUCUCAUCUACUAAUGAGGAACAAAGCUCGUCGGAUUCUGAAUCGUGGAAACAAUCAGAAAGUACUGAAAAAACACCGGAGGAUGACAGUUCUAAUAUGAUGAUCUUUCCACUGGAUACUCGUGAAGGAAGAAGCUUACCAAAUGUUUUGAAACGUAUCAGUAAUAUAGUCGCUCUGAAAAGUACUAACCUGCGCUCGUAUAAAGACUCCCAAUUAAGGAGUUACUGGAUGCCUGACAGUGUAAGCAAACAAUGCUAUGAAUGCGGAGAACGGUUUACAACAUUUCGCAGAAGACAUCAUUGUCGUGUCUGUGGUCAAAUAUUUUGUUCGAAGUGCUGUUCUGAUCAGAUCCCUGGAAAAGUUAUGGGGUGCACUGGUGAUCUUAGGGUCUGUACAUAUUGUUGCAAAGUUGUUUUAUCUUAUUUACAAUCGUCGGACAUGAGAAGCGAUCUGUCAGAAGAUUUGAAAGCUUUGCAAGAAGAUCUUCAAGUUAAAUAUGGAAAUGACCCACCACCUAUGGCUCAGAUAAAUCCGAAUGAAUCUGUAGAAGAUGAAACAUCGAUUUGUAGGAAACCAAGCGUUGGAUACAUGGAGGAAAAAUAUGCUAUUGGAAGAUCAGCAAAUAGUUAUUUAACGUCGCAAGAACGUUCGCUUGUAUUACAAAACUCAGCUUCAUUGAGAAUGAUUUACGAAGAGCUCUUUAGAUCGAGUCAAGCAAUUCUUUUACAAACGCACAGAAUUAGACUGAAAAGCUAUCACAAUUGCUUCCUAGCUAGUGAAUUAGUAAACUGGAUGAUAGCACAAAAUAAAGCAGCCACUCGUGUCCAGGCUACCGCUAUAGGACAAGCGUUGCUAGAAGCAGGUUUUAUCGAGCCAGUCCUUGCUGACAAUGUAUUCAGUGAUACAGCAACCGUGUUCAAACCAGUAAAAUUAUCACAGAUGCAAAGUAUGGAUUUGUUAACUGAAACUCAAACAACCUGCGACGCUCAAGAGCCUGCAUGGGUGAAAACGAUUCCGCAGCAUGACUCCACGACAGACUCUGAAAACGAAUCGAAACCUUCGAAUGCAAUACAACAACCCACUGGACGUUUACCAUCCUCUAGUUCUAGUUUUUAUUUAGACCUAAACUUGGAAUCGUCUACUGUAACGUUAAAAAGGCCGACCUCCGAAGAUUUAACUGCAAUAUCUGUAGAUAGUAGCGACGGUGUAAUUGAUCAGAAAGAAGCCUCAGUAAAAUCACAUAAAUGCAACUCGAAAAUCGCCGAUGACCUGUUAAACGACACGCUGCAAGUACAAGAAUUUAAAGAAAGAAAUGGUUGGCACAAACCAUCGAACCUUAGGUCUGCCUUAGGAGAACUAUACGCAUACGAGUGUUUAACAUCGGUUUAUAAGCAGCACGAAGAUUCGUUGAUCAAACAACUUCUCAAUAAAGAAGGCUUGUCGCAGACCUGGUCGGAAACGAUACUUCCGAUUGCGCAUCAGGUUGUCGACUUCGUGAGGCCGGAUCUGAAUCACAAUGUCGAUGAUCUGGAUAUUCGACAGUACGUACAAAUAAAGAAAUGUUCAGGCGGUAGUCGAGACGACUGUGAAAUUGUGUCCGGUGUUGUUUGUAACAAAAAUGUCGCGCAUCGUGGAAUGAACGCGAUGAUAGCUCAUCCGAAGAUUCUGUUGCUUCAAUGUGGGCUCAUGUACCAACGCGUGGAAGGAAAAUUAUUAAGUUUAGAGCCCGUGAUGUUGCAAGAGAAUGAAUAUUUAGGGCAUACAGUGGCUAGAAUCACUGCUCUUGGCCCGGAUGUUGUGCUCGUACAUCGGUCCGUAUCGAGAUUGGCGCAAGACAGGCUCCGAGAAUGCGGUGUGACGCUCGUUUUGAAUGUGAAACUCAGUAUUUUAGAGAGAGUCGCGCGAUGCACGGGCGCGACUAUUGUGAACACCAUUGAUGCUCAUAUAAGUGCAAGAUAUAUGCUUGGCACAUGUAAAAAGUUUUAUCUGCGAAAUUUUUCGUGCGAUAAAAAUGGUAUUAAAACAUUGAUGUAUUUCGAGGGGUGCGCAAAUCCACAUCUUGGAGCUACAAUCUUACUACGAGGCGGUUCUCAAACGGAGUUGAAGAAAGUAAAGAAUGUAACCUCAACGAUGAUUUUCGCGGCCUAUUCGUGGCGUUUAGAAAAGUCGUUUCUUAUGGAUGAAUUCGCAAGGCCACCGUCCCCUAAAGAUAAUUCGUUUUUGGAUGAAACAUCACAUAAGGAUUGUAAGGAUUUCGAAGAAUCUAGUAAAAUGUUGCAGUCUAGAACCAACGAAGACAAUGAUGAUAGAAAGAGUACUGACAGCGACGAAAUUAUGAAAAUAUCAAAAGUUGAGAAAGAUUCUGGAACAUCGUCGACCGAUCGACACAGCAUUGAAAUUGAAUAUCCAGCUAACAGAAGUACACCAUUGAAAGAUAGAGUUACAGAUCAAGUGUACAGUGAGAAUAUGUUAAACGCAAAUUCCGUUAAACAGAUAUCUUCUAUGCUAUCCGAAGAUAUUGAUCCUUACGACACUUUAAAAUUAUUCAAGCCUAAAACAAAGUCCUCUGUAAUUAAUUCAAUAGCCACGGAAGAUGGAACGACAAGUAAACUAUCACACAAUAACGACAGUUUAGAUAAUACUUCGGGACUUGGUACAGAAUGCAGCGAAGAUCAAAAUAGUACAAUGGAAUUGUUUGGUGGUAAAUGUGGGGAGUCGGUGACCAAAGAAAUCGACGAAGACACCGAGAAACCAAAGAUGCGGGAUAAAGUUGUUCCAGACGAAAAACGCAUUUAUGGCGAAUCAAUUAGCGAUCGAAGCGAUCCUUUGCAUCAGUAUUUAAACGAAGACGAGGACGACGUCUUCAGUCAAACUAGUCCAAACGGUCAGCAUUUAAGUGUUGCUGACCUACCAUUAUUGAAUAAGUUUAAGAAAGCGCUAGAGGGUACGAUAUUAAGUAUUUCGCCUUAUUUAAAAUUUUCUAUACCUUAUUUGGAAACCGAGACAGGAAGAAAUUGUGUGCUACGAAGUUUCUUUCCAAGGGACAUUUAUUACUCUGUACAGUUUCUGGACAAAGUGAAAGAGAUCAAGGCUGGCAACGCAUCCGCGGAACAGUCCGGUAUUGAUAAUCCAUUGACGAGAUUGAAACUGAAGCCACAACAUCCGUUUGUCCAAGCAAGGCUAACCACGGACGUCGAUAGUCGGGAGGUGCAAUCUUUAUUAGCUAAUUUUCGAGCGUGUGGUAGUCGAUUGUAUCCGACGAAUAAUGUUCUGUCGGACAAACCACCGAUUAUAAUACAGUCCGACGUGAACGACCAAACCCCCGAGUGGCCCGAUUGUUUGGAUCCAGGUAGUCACCAACGUCUUUCUGUGUUGUUUUGUAGUUUCUCGAAUACCGGAAACGAUACACCAGCGUUCUGCGUGAAUCCUUGGGUAGUCAACAUGGAUUUGUAUGGCCGAAAUGAUAUCGCCCUGGGACGUUUUUUGGAACGUUACUGCUUAACGUCCGAGUACAAGUGUCCAGCUCAGGCGUGUCGAGCACAAAUUGCUCAGCACGUUCGACGAUUCGCCCACGAUGGAGGGUGUAUACACAUUAGUUUAAAUGAAAUGAGCACCGAACCGUUCGCCCAGGAGAACGCGAAUCAAAUCUUAAUGUGGAGUAAAUGUAUGAAGUGUAAAAGCGUUUCGCCAGUGGUACCAAUGUCGGACGACACAUGGUCCCUGUCUUUCGCCAAGUAUCUGGAACUACGUUUUCAUGGGAACGCCUACACCAGACGAGGUUCGGACACCUGUCAACAUUUGCUCCAUUACGAUCACUAUCAAUACUUCACCAAGAAAAACAUGCUGGCCGUGUUUAAAUAUACGAAGAUAUCCCAAUGGGAGAUUUCUCUGCCGCCCCCGUUGAUAAACGUCAUAUACGAACCGAAGCAACACGCCGACGUGAUCGAGGAGAUGAAAAGCUUGACGCUGAAAGGGGACGAAGUUUUCUCGACUAUACGGGAGAAGUUGACAACAUUGCAGACGGACAUGGACAGCUUGAAUGCUGCCAAGCAACAGUUGACGAAGGAUCAGCAGUACUUCAAAAAUAAAAUAGAAGAGAUUCAAUUGAAAUUGACGUCCCCGACAUUGGAGAAUAAGAAGCUCGAAGGGAAAGUGUCCGAGAAACAAGUUCAAGCGUUAAUGUUUAGAAUCGAGGAUGGUAUUGUGAUUCUUAAACGAUUGAUAUCCGAGGUUGUGUUCACCUGGAACGCGAAAAUCCUGGAAAUGUCCGUUAAGAAGAAGGACGAACGUCCACGAAGGUUCACCGAACGGUCGUUAACAACUGGAAGCAACAGCAUUAUCGACACCGACGGAUAUAUUACAGAAGACACCGCUUCGGAAUCGCAGAUCGAGGAUCUAAGUCCUAUGUCAGCCGAUUACAAUGCUAUUGAUGCUAUCGCAGCUGUACAAAAUGAUUUACCGGGAAUGGAAGGAAUAGAGAAUUCAGACAAUGAACUUUUGGAAAGUAAUAAUCCUGAUGAUAUUGUCAUCGUCCAGGGAUCACCAAAAAUGCAUCAGAGAUCGCACUCUGAUGUGUUGCCUCUGGCUGUGGAGGAUAUGCCGGAUAAAAAGAAGAAGAAGAAAACAAUUCUGUCGCAGUUAUUGCCCUCCGUACCUGUUACUCAACCAAUACCAAAUCCUUUGGGAUCAUUGGAGCAUCAUUUACUUCCUCUUGGUUCAGUUGUGCCCAUAGUGGUGUACGAAUCGGAGCCUUCGUCUAUAAUCGCGUACGCGCUUGACUCGCACGACUACAAACACGCGUUGCACGAAUUGAUGCGUACAACAAAAGGGCCUGAUUUAAAUCCGAGCCCUUUGAAUAAACGGAAGUUCCCCGAGAAUAAAGAGAAUCUUCCCGACAUCAUGCAAUCAGGUGAAUUCAAACGACCGUCCGUUUUGUCGUUCUUCCGUGGAAACAGCCCGAAUCCAGCGAGCCCUAUAGACUCUGACAAAAGUGUCUCGAACAUGGACUCGAACACACAGAGUCCAGCUGUAACAUCAGAGACAGAAGAAGACAAAAAAGCAACCAAACAGCAGAAUUACAUCGAAGUUCAAUUCAACGACGCGACAACUAAUUUCUACUGUAGAAUAUACUUUGCCGCGCAAUUUGCUGCUCUCAGAGAAAGCGUUUUACCAUGUGGAGAGGACAGUUACACGAGAAGUUUGAGUCGAAGCAUACAAUGGGUUGCAAGAGGUGGAAAGAGCGGAAGCAGUUUCUGUAAAACUCGAGAUGACAGAUUUAUUAUAAAAGAAAUGUCCAGGUUAGAAAUGCAAAUAUUUCUUGACUUUGCACCGAAUUAUUUCGCCUACAUGGAAAAAUGCCAGCAGACCAGGCAACCAACGCUAUUAGGGAAGAUAGUGGGUGUUUACAGAGUAUCUUUUAAAAAUAACACGACAAACGCAGCACUACGCACUAGCGUACUAGUGAUGGAGAAUUUAUUUUAUAACAGAACUAUAACAGACAAAUUCGACUUGAAAGGAUCGGUGAGGAAUCGGCUUGUAAAUCCUGACGACACCAGUCAGGAAGGGGAGCUUGUGUUGCUUGAUGAAAAUUUAUUAAACAUGAGCUGUGACUCGCCACUCUACAUCCGAUCACAUUCCAAGGCGGUUUUAAAUAGAGCCAUUGAACAAGACACAAAGUUCCUGGCUGAUAAUUCUGUGAUGGAUUACUCACUGCUAGUUGGUUUGGAGCCAAACUCAGAUGAACUCGUGUUAGGUAUAAUAGAUUAUAUACGAACUUUUACGUGGGACAAGAAAUUAGAAACAAUGGUGAAAAAAUCAGGUAUUUUGGGCGGCCAAGGAAAACUGCCAACAAUAAUAUCGCCGGAAGAAUAUCGAGCUCGUUUCAUAGCAGCUAUGCACCGAUAUUUCUUGCCUGUACCAGACAGGUGGUCCGGUUUAGGUAGAGGUGUGGAAACGUGAAAGACUCAAUCAGUAUGAUUUACAAUUUUGUUCAAACAUCGUAUAGGGUGUUUGCGUGAUUAUUUCUUUGUAAGCAUAUUGAAUGUAAGGCUGCUAAUGAAUCUGAUACAGUGGGGAGUGGUAAAGUUAUAUUUAUCUAUAAACAAAAAAAGUAUUGGAACUACUUUCGUAGCCAUUGCAAAUAUAUCGCGUACUUUAGAAUU